AGCCUCCCGCUUUCCAAGGGGGGGGGGGAGGCGGCUGGGAGAGUCCAAGUGCGUCCUCUUGGUGCGUGCAUUCACCCUUUCCCACCACGUUGCCGCUCCCAGCAUCUUGGGGAUGUGCCCAGAGACCUACCAGCUCUCUUCUCCAAGCCCACAGCUAGCAGAACAAACCUUUGGCCGGCAGCCAGUUGAGGAACUCGCAGCAACCUCCCACACGGCAGCUCAUUUUUUUUUUUUAAGGGGGGGAAAACAAUACAGGAUCUUCCUCAACUUAUAAUUGAGAGCACCCCUUCAGAGAACCCCUCUGUAGAGCCUCCAGCGAACCCAGGACAGCAUGUCUGGGAGCAAAUACGUAGACUCGGAGGGCUUUUUGUACACAGCGCCCAUCCGAGAACAAGGCAACAUCUACAAGCCCAACAACAAGGCCAUGGCAGAUGACAUGAACGAGAAGGAGAUCCACGACGUGCACACGAAAGAAAUCGAUCUGGUCAAUCGAGACCCCAAACAUCUCAACGACGACGUGGUCAAGAUUGACUUUGAAGAUGUGAUCGCGGAACCUGAGGGAACUCACAGUUUCGACGGGAUCUGGAAAGCCAGCUUCACCACCUUCACUGUGACAAAAUACUGGUUUUAUCGCUUACUGUCUGCACUCUUUGGCAUUCCCAUGGCUCUCAUCUGGGGCAUUUACUUUGCCAUUUUGUCAUUCCUCCACAUCUGGGCAGUGGUGCCCUGCAUCAGGAGCUAUCUGAUUGAGAUUCAGUGUAUUGGCCGAGUUUAUUCCAUCUUCAUCCACACUUUUUGUGACCCACUGUAUGAGGCUAUUGGCAAAAUGUUCAGUUCUAUCAGAGCAACAGUACGGAAGGAAGCAUAAAUGACAUUUCAAGGAGUCUGAAGAAAGGAAGGGUCUUUUCUUCCAAUACUUUUUGUGCUGGUUUCACAGCUGUCAUCAGUGAACAAAGUGACCAGCACCAAACAACUGAAAACAAAGCAACCAAAAUUAAGCAAAGAAUCACGUGUUCAAAAUUUCUUUACUGCUUAACUAUCCCUCCUGGAUUGAUACUUUUGCAGGAGAGAGAUUGAUCACUUUUUUAAAAAAAAGAAGCCCUACCAAAAUUGCUGUUCUCUCUUCCUCUCUGCCAGUCAUUUUGCUGACCCUUUGACAAACUGACUCAUGUUCUGCUUACCCCUUCCAUUCAUUUGUUGCAAGAUAAAUUCACAAUGAUAUGAUAAAGAGCAGCAAGCAAGCUUUCUAGCGCUGUAGCAUUGCUCAUCGUUUUACAGUGAGCAAAAAAUAAAAGGGUCUAAAGCUAGCACAGCAUAAAGGACGUGGCAAGUUGGCAGAUUUUAAACGAAUGUUCUUUUUUCAGAUGUAUUGUCAGAUGGCUGUAGCUCUUGCCCCUAUUGGACCAUAUGUGACUGCUACACAGAUAGAGGAUUGAAGUAAAUAACUCAGCCAAUAUAUGCUUCCAGAAAAUGAUAGUAUAUUUAGAAGAAUUACAUUUUCAAUUUGGACAACAUUCCACGUCUACAAAAAGGCUACAGCCAUUGCUUUUGUUUGUUUUCUGUGUCCUGUUAUCCUUCAGGAAAGAUUAUUUGCAGAUCUUUAUCAUAUGUCUCUAAAAGAGGUACAUAAGGAGACAUCUCUUUUUUAAAAAAAUUAUGCUGAGUUUGACCAACAGUUCCUCUAAACCUGUAUCAUCAGUCCCUGACUGGUGGCCCUUACAUGUGGCUCUCUAGUGAUCGGUCCCCGUUUCCUGAAAUCCCUGUAUGCAAUUGGAACACAUUUGCUUCAUCACUGAACUAUGACUCUGACAAAUGUCUUAUUCAGGAUCCAAAUCAGGGCCAGAAAUGUAUUGUGAAUAUAUUUUUCUGGUCUUAAACUCCCCAUUGUAGAAGCAUUUUCAUCAACCAGACCCCUCUUUGUGCCCUGAGCUGGUUAGUCCAGGCAAGCCCAAUCUCAUCAGAUAUUGGAAGUUAACCAGGGCUGACCCUGGCAAGUACUUGGAUGAGAGACUUCCAAGGAAUAUCUGGGCUGGGCUACAAAGGCAGGCAAGCAAGCCACCUCUCUGAAACGUCCAAGCCGCGUUAGGGGUUGCCAGAAGUCAGCCAUGACUUCCAGGCAUGCACACAUGCAUACACACACAAAACCCCACAAAAUAAACCCAGACCCUUCUCUUGUCGCUCAUAUUAUAUGAUGUCAUGUCCCGAAACUAAUGGAUACCAAAGUGCUCUUUCUAGCUACUUGUAAACACAUGUUCAAAAUGAAUGAGCAAACAUUACUGCAUAUGGACUGGGUUUUGUUUUGUUUUUUUAAAGAUAGGAGCAUCACAAUGUAUCCGGCUAAUGUAGAGUCAUGCCAACUACAAACUGGGUUUGUAGGGGCAGUUGGUUUGGUCAUGUGACAAUCCAGCUUUAAGAUCCCCUAGCCAGUCACGGUCAGCAUGCUGCUAGUACAUUCACGCUUUGCUUACUUCACACUAAUCUGCCAUAAGAGUUGCUUUAGCAACAGGACGUUGUGAUUAACUUUUUUUUUUCCUGCCUGCUCCUAAGCUGAGCUAUGCACAUCAAUCAGGAAGCCUUUGCGGAGGUGAUUUGUGUGAAAAUUUGUGACUAAAAAAAAUGCUAAAACAAAGCAUGCUGUGACCUGACAGAAGCUUGUACCCUCACCAUAAUGUAACUACACUGGUGAGAGAAUAUCCUUGUUGGCUUUGCAUGGAUCUGUGUUUUUGUUUUUGUUUUUAAAUAACUGUGAGGUUAAAUUGACUGGGAUAAGCUUCCUUAUGAAUUCAAACUGA